AAAUGUUAUAACCUAAGUAUAAAGGUAUAUAGUAAGUUGAUUUCCUGUGGUUCAUUAACAGUUUAUAUCCUAUCGGUUAUCAUCACAUUGUAAUACAAUAUAAUGUAUAAUCAGUAUUUAUUUUGUCAUAGAAACGAACAAAGUUCAAAAUAAUUUUUUUGUACUAAAAUUUUCUAUGACGUUUUUUUAGUGCCUUCAGAAGUGUUAAUAGGUGUUAACGAUGUCUUUAUCUCCACACAUUUUGCUGUCAAAUUUAGCGCGCGAGAGGUGUGUAGCUAAAUUAAAAGAUUUACCAGCGUUUAUAAGAUCAGAUGUAGAACCAAAAGUAAAAGCUGCUGUUCUGGUGCCACUUUUCGAGCGAAACGGAGAAUUACAUAUUUUGUACACACUCCGGUCAUCGAAUUUGAAAAGUCACAGUGGUCAAGUAUCAUUCCCAGGUGGAAAAAUAGAUGAAAAUGAGAAAGUAAUAGAUGCUGCUUUACGAGAAACAUAUGAAGAAAUUGGAGUCCCUGGAAAUUCAGUUGAUGUCUGGUGUGAGAUGUCUCCAGUUCAAGGUCGUGAUCGAAACAUACUGAUAACUCCAGUGGUUGGUGUAAUAAAGAAUCUUAUUUUCAAUAACUUAAAUCCUAAUAUACAUGAAGUUGAAGAAAUUUUCUCAGUACCAAUAUCAACAUUUUGCAAUACUGCUAAUCAAGCUCACUUAAAGUAUGAAGGUAUAUUAUUACCAGUAUAUUUACAUGGCAAACACAAAAUAUGGGGAAUUACUGGAUACAUAACUCACUUUUUUCUUCAAUGCUUUUUACCGAGUGAUUUGUAUAAUGUAGAUUUCACUCGAAAGGGUUACAAGUUAGAGGAACUUAUGCCAUCAAAAUUAUAACUUUAAUGACUUUAAAAUGUAUAUAAUACAUUGUUGGUCAUUUGAAAAGUUUGUAAUUCAAAUGAUUAAAUAUCUUAUUAUUUUUAAUUUUU